AUGAUGUCAGAAGACAGCAAAAAUGAAGAUUUGGAGAAAAAAGUUAUUUCGUUUUUCUCCUCUGUGGGUGGGGUUUCUCCAUCCAAGUGCCUCUCCACGAUGAACACCAGUUUGGAAACUGUACUUGAAAGAAUUGAGGCGGGUUUUUUGUUUGAAUCCUUGGCGAUGGAUGUUCGGGAGUUGUGUAUAGAAGUUAAUAGACUAGCUGAUUAUAUAGAGUCAAGUGGUGUCUGCUGCUCAGCUGAAACCUAUAGGCUACUGCUUACUACCCUGUCUCGUUUACGCACAGCUGUGACGCAAGUGCAGGGGUACAGCAACAAGAGGCGCGAGCAUACGGUCGCCUCAUUUCACGCUUACAGGAUACAAACACCUCGUCUUCCUGAGGACCUUUAUCUGACCUUCCCAUGCUCCCUUUGA